CAAGAUGGCUGACACGGCGGCCGGGCCCGGUGGCUCCGGAACGAGACCGGGAGGGAAGCAGUCCACUAACCCUGCAGACAACUACCAUCUGGCCCGGAGGAGGACCCUGCAAGUGGUUGUGAGCUCCUUGCUGACAGAGGCCGGAUUUGAGAGUGCCGAGAAAGCAUCUGUGGAGACGCUGACAGAGAUGCUGCAGAGCUACAUCUCAGAAAUCGGGAGAAGUGCCAAGUCAUACUGCGAGCACACAGCCAGGACCCAGCCCACACUGUCGGACAUUGUGGUCACACUGGUUGAGAUGGGCUUCAAUGUUGACACUCUACCUGCUUAUGCAAAACGGUCUCAGAGGAUGGUCAUCACUGCACCUCCAGUGACCAAUCAGCCAGUGACCCCCAAGGCCCUCACUGCAGGGCAGAACCGGCCCCACCCGCCACACAUCCCCAGCCAUUUUCCUGAGUUUCCGGAUCCCCACACCUACAUCAAAACUCCGACAUACCGCGAGCCAGUGUCUGACUACCAGAUCCUUCGGGAGAAGGCCGCAUCUCAGAGGCGAGACGUGGAGCGAGCCCUCACCCGCUUCAUGGCCAAGACAGGCGAGACCCAGAGUCUUUUCAAGGAUGAUGUCAGCACUUUUCCCUUGAUCGCUGCCAGACCGUUCACCAUCCCCUACCUCACGGCCUUGCUUCCCUCUGAGCUGGAGAUCCAGCAGAUGGAGGAGACCGACUCCUCGGAGCAGGACGACCAGACCGACACAGAGAACAACGCUCUUCACAUCAGCACGGUGGGGCCUCCCCUUCUGCCUUCCUCGCAGUACUCCCAAAACAGCCUAUCCCGCAUCCUGCCUUUGCCCCUGGGAACUGAACAGGGCCUACCCCAGGUCUCUGGCUCUCUGUUAGAAGCUUGCAUGAUGGGCUGUGUGUCCAGUCUCCAUCAUGAGACACACAUCCUGGGGAGUCACACGUUUAGCAAAUGGUGAACGAGUAUUGUCAGGUCCAGACCCUGGUCUCAGUGCUGAGGAACUAGUGGGAAGCAAGACAGACAAAGCCCACCUUCAGGAGCUAAAGAGAUUAGACAUGGAGCUGUGGAGGUGUGUGGGGAUUACAGGUGACAUUUGGGUAAAGACCUGAACAGACUUAACACCUGUGCAUCUCUGGAGUUUCCAGGCAGUGAGUGGGCAGAGCGUGUGCAGGGCCAGCCUGAGGUAGACCGAGCUAACUCCUGCUACCCUCUGCUGUGUUAGACUGCAGACCCACACUUCCAUACAAAGUACAAUAAAAAAGACUGUACUGGGACUUGCUACUAUUCUGGUAGUCUGCAAAAUGAUGUGUUAGAAACCCUGACCCUGCCUCUGCCUGCACGUGCUAGGAUUAUGGCCCAGCCACAUCACUCUGUGACCGGUUUUAAACCUUGUCUCCUGAUGAGAGGCUGUCUCUCGGGGACUCCUGCUGUGGGGCCCUUUCCCCCUGACCUCCUCCUCCAUGCCCUUGAGCAUAAGGAACGAGGUGUUUAGUGUAGCCAGGGCUGUUGUUCUCUGUUCUGUCAUUUGAACUGGCUCUCGUGUAGGCAGCCUAGGAGUUUAACCUUUUCCUCUCUUAGGAGAAAUCUUAGCAAUCAUGUACUCAGUGAGCAUGUGUCUGGUCCUGUUGUGGCUUCUCGGGAUACAGCAGUGACCCCAGUAGACAAAACCUCUGCUCCUGAGAGCCUGUGAAGUCAUCUCUCACACACUCAAGAUGAAACAGUACAUGGUGAAGAUGGAGCCUUUGCUUCCAAUAACAGCACACUCAGGGUGGACCACCAAGCAGAGACUUGAAGGGGAGAGGAGAGCUGAGCCAUGAUACUCGCUGCUGUCAAGAGCCUGAGGAACAUCGGUGGUUGGGAUGGAAAGACAGGGAAGGGAAGCAGAAGGAAGAGUUGGUGGGAUGGGCCCGCUGCUUCAGGAGCUGGGUGAGCAGAGUUGCAGGGGAGCGCCGAGCCAGGGAGGGACAGUUGUCAACUUCUGUAAGCAUUGUUGAUGGCUACGGUGACAGUGGGCCCCAGAGGGAACACUGCCCUGUUAGGAAGCUGCCACAGGGAUGUAGGCCAGGGACAAGUGUGGGUCCCUUUCCUCAGGUGGUCACAGCAGAGGCAGUGCAAAUGCUCUGUUUGUAUCGAUAAGUAAAGCCAAGAGGACGUCCUAACAGAUGGGAGAUGUGGCAGAACAGAAACAAGUGUGACUGCAGAACUCAUCAGCUCCAGGCACCUGAAGGGUGGUGGCUUGUCCCCACAGCAGGAAGAGUCAGGUAGGGCACCCAAGGAACGCUGACGUGCACUGACUGUGUGGUGCCUGUGAGAUGCUUGUAUGAAGCUGUCAAGCAGGCAGGCAGGCAUUUGAGCUGGGGACUGGCGGUGGCACAGGGGACAGGUUGCAGUUGGAGCCUUCAGCGUGGAAGCAGAAGCCACGGCUGGGGGAUAGGUAGGGGUUGUUGUUGUGCCUCCACACAGGCCCUGGCUUGAGGCUAUCUGUGUCUGAAGGGGCGAAUCGUAGCAGUAGCGUUUCCACGAGUUGUCCUCGAUAGAGAGACCCAACAUCUAACUUGUGGGCCCUCCAUGUCACUCUCACCAAUUGUCCGAGAGCAUGUUUGAGGUACAAUUGAGGCAGCCUUUGAGUAACUUUGGGGUUUGGAUGUGGAAGGGUGGUGGACUGAGGACGUGGUAGGCAGUCCUAUGUUAGGCCCAUGAGAGCUCAGGACGGC